AUGUCGAACUGCUGGGCAUGGGGCGUGCAGCAGCGGCUGGCAAGUUCACCUUGCGCAGCGCUUGUGACGCAGUAUGUGGGCUGCUGCCGGCAGGCCGGAUGGGAUGCUCGCGAGAGACUGGACCAGAAGUUCGUAAUUCCAGAUGGAGGUGCGGAGGCUUUGCCGUGCGAGGGUGAACUCACGCAAUUGAGGCGCUGCUUGCCCAAAGCGCUGUUGGGCGGCAAAGGCAGGCCGUUUGAGGCCUGCGAGCGUGAUUUUCGUGCGGUGGCCAUGCUUUCCGCCGAGGACGGCGAAAGUGAGAAGGAUAACAUUGUUGAGGCGUGGCUGGGCUUGCUUGAGAAGGGCAUUUCAGCAGCCGGUGGCUUGUGGCCCAGACUGCCGCAGUGGGUGAGCCAGACGCCCAGAACAGCCGUGCCGUCCUGCAGUUCCAGUAAAGAACGCCGCGGGCAAAGGGCAUUGGACAUCCUAGUCGCUGCCAAAGUGCUUUCUUUGCCGCUUGUGGAGAAGAGGAGCAGCGCGAAUAGUCAAGCAUGGCAUUUCGAACAGUUCGACCUCCUGUCCAACAUCCGCCGUACCUGGCUCCAUCGUAUCUCCGCUGUCGUCGCUGGCAGAUUAUUUCUGCACCAUCGCCGGGGUCCCAGCGAGGAGCAGCCAUGCUUGUCCACGAAUGCUUGUGGGUAUCCGAUGCAUUUGGCGAAGCGCAAGAUCGGAAGCCGUUGCGCGAGACGGAAGCCGGCUUGUCAAUGCCUGCUCCCUUGCCAAGCUGCCAAGAGUGCGGCGCAGAGGCUGGAGGGUAUGGCGCUGGCUUCGGCACGGGGAUCUUCGCUGAAAGCGCGUGAGGUGAUAGCAGGUUUUUCUCCUGUGAAGAUGGCGUUCACUCUGGAGCACGUGGCCAUUGCUUGUGGCGCCUUUGGGGUGAUUGCCGGCAUCGUGAGCUUCGGCUUUCUCGGCAUCGUGCUGUGCCUUGCCUUUCAUGGCAGUUGCCUGGCAGUCGGAGUGCGGAAUGCAUGGUUGUACCGGUACCCCGCACAGGUGGUUUGCUCAUGCGCUUUGGCUGCAACAAUUUGGUGGGACGACGAGAGCGGUGGCUCCGCCGCCGUAAAUCGUUUGCCGCCCCUGGCGCUGUCCGCCUUGCUGUCCAGCGGUGUGAUGAUUGGGCAAAGGCGAGCUUUGCGACGGGAAGACGAUCUUUGGGGCAGCUUCCUCACAGGUUUUCUAGUGACUGCCGCUCCUGCAGCUGUGGUGACGGUGUUAGGGUUUGUCAAGUGCUUCUUCGACAUCUGCCGCAACGAUAAGGAGCCAUCUGGCAAGAAACGAGCAUAG